CAGUUUCUUCAAAGUAAGCCAGUACGGAGUAAAUAAAAGACAGCUGUAGGAAAAUUACAAUGCCGCCUUUUAAACAAGAUUAGUCAGAACUGGGUUACCAACGAAUAAAGUUCCCCAAAACACUGUUGACGCUGUCCGCAGCAAGUCACUAAGAACGACUCGUCAGAAAUGGCGGCCGUGUUCGGUUGUUCGGCGCAGUAAGCGCAGAAUAAGUGCAACAAAAUUGAGCUCCGUGUAAACAUCAAACGUGACAAAAUUGUUUGCACCGCACCAGUAGGUCACCUAAAGGCCACAACAUGAACCCAUCUGGGGGUUUUCCUUUCGGCUCGCCGCAGACAACACAGGCGUCUCCUUUCGCAUUUAGGCCGAGUGUUCAGUCACCUGCUGCAGCAGUUCAGCCAACAUUCGGAAGUCCAGCUGUUGCAACUAGCACAGGUGCCCAACAAUUCACAUUUGGAUCCCCAACAGCUACAGUGGCGCCAACAGGGAUGAGCCAGACUUACUCCUUUGGUGGCGCAGCACCACAAGCAGCUCCCACACAGCCGCAGCAAUUUUCAUUUGGGGCACCUACUCAGACGGCUGCAGCAACAACAGCUGCCCAACCAUUCUCCUUUGGUGCACCUACCGCUACUACUGCAGCACCAGUGGGUGUUGCCCAGCCUUUCAACAUUGGGAGUACUGCAGUGAGACCACAGACAACAGGCUUGGCAUUUGGUGCCACACAGUCAACUGCUCCCGCUACCACGUCUGCUCCAGCGGGAUUUGCCGGGUUCACACCCACCGCCUCAGUGACCCCUGCUACACCAGCCUUCGGUAGUGCAUUUGGAGCUGCAAGCCAAACACCCACAGCAUUUGGAAGCUUUGGAACAACAACCACUUCCGUGUCGGCUCCAGCUACUUCUACCCCAAUCGGAGGCUUUUCAUUCGGAAUGACCCCUGCCACUCCUGCUUCAUCAACUGGCUUCGGUAGCAUCGCAAUGCCAGCCACAACAGCGGCUGCUCCGACUGGUUUUGGUAGCGCAGGCACAACUGCACCUGCAAGUAGUGCAGCACCAACGGGGUUCGGUGUAGCUUUUGGGUCCACCGCUGCAACUUCCGCACCCACGCCCAGCUUCGGCGGCUUCGGCACAGUGCCAGCCUCAACAGCUGGCCAACCUGCCUUUGGUAGCUUUGGCAGCGGAGGUGCCACAACCCCGGCAACCUCGACGGGCAUGCUUAGUGGCUUUGGAGCCAUGCCAACUCAGACGUCGACUCCUGCAUCUUUGCCCACCUUUGGAGGAGCACCUCCUGCCACAAGCACUGCCACAGCUGCUGCACCUGUUGCUACCAGCGCUGCCACCCCUUCAUUAUUUGGUGGGUUUGGUACUGCACCUCAAAUGGCAGCAGCACCAUCUGCAACAGGUGCAGCUCCUACUGCUGCUACUGCAGCUGCUACUGCUUCUUCUGCUGCUCCUGCUCCAACUCCAGCUCCUGCAUUUAACUUUGGAAUGCCUGCAGCUGCACCUGCGUCGUCCGCCAGCACUCCCACUUUCGGCAUGCCAUCCCAAGCUACCACCACUGCCACCUCAGCUUUUGGGGCUUUUGGAGCAGCCACAGCACCAGCUGCCGCUACACCAUCAGCGUCUACUGCAGCGGCCCCGACCCUUGGUUCAUCUUUCGUGACUGCUACAAGUGCAGCAGCAGCACCUACCGUAACCUCAGCGCCUACAGCAGCAACGGUAUUUGGUAGCAUUGGUGCAACUACCACGCCUGCUACAACCUCUGCGGCACCUUCGCUGCCAUCAAUGUUUGGCGGAGGCACGGCAGCAUCAGCGCCCACUGCAACUUCUGCUCCCGCACCAGCCGCGCCAAUAUUUGGCGGUGGUACUCCAGCCACAACGCAGGCGGCAGCAACCACAACUGCUCCGACGAUACCCUCAUUUGCCGGGUUCGGUGCAACCACGACGGCAGCAUCUGCUGCCCCAGCAGUCACGCCUGCAUCAGCGAGUACUGCGGCUCCGGCAACUACCACAGCAACACCGUUCGGUACUACACCUUUUGCCACUUCGACAUCGGCCACAGCCCCUUUCGGUCAGACUAGCACAACAUCCACCGGGCUGUCAUUAGGAGGACUCGGCUCCGUCUCGGGCUUCACCCAGCCCACAACUGCUGCAACGAAAACAACAGCUGCUGCUGGUCUCGGUGGCGUGGAUCACCCAAGCUCUAGUGUGCCAGGUUCUGUGGCAGCAGGAAAAAGUGACAAGACGGUGAAGGAGGAGAGCUUACCCCCACAACUUGUGGAGACUGUUGAGGCCUUCAAAAAAUACGUGACUGAGCAAAAGGAGGUGCGCGAAGAGAUCUCCAGGAUACCCUCUCAUGCCAUAGCUAAGGUGCAAGAGGAAACAGCAGCCCUGCGACAGCUGCUUUGCACUGUGGAGAAUGGAAUCCAGCGGAAUGCCGGAGCCGUAGAGCGUCUCAAACGCGAGACAGCAGAGGACUUGAAGAAUGCGGAGAUUGCUCACCACACCAAGGAGACACCAACGUCUUUGCAGUAUGAGAACACGGCACCCAACUUGUACUUCCAGAAGCUUGUAGAAAACUACAACCAGCAGAUGAGGCUGUACAAGGGUCAAAUUGAGGAACUGGAGCAGCAUUUCGCAUCCCUUGCAAGUUCUUCCAAAUUCUCGCCACAAGAGUUGACAGCCACAGUGAAGAAGCUGCAUGCAUCUUUCGUCUCUCUGGCUGCCCAGUUACAAAAUAUACAUGCGGAAGUACAGCGACGGAAAGAUGCACUGAGCUCUGGGAAAAUGACUGUGCCUCCCAGCAAGCCACAGAGUGGCACCGUCGGUUCCGUCACAACAGCUGUUACUCUGGGCCCCACUCCAUUUUCCAGUACUAGGAGUGAUGCUGCACUUGCUAUGGCGACAGCUUUGGCCAGGGUCGGGCAACCAACUCUCACAGAAAAUGUGCCUCUGGGCUCCUUUGCCACUCAGCCAUCUUUGGGCAUGACAGGAGGUUUUGGAAGCUCAAUGUUUGGCACCACUAGCGGCCUUGGAACCUCAUUUUUUGGAGCGACAAGUCCAUUUAAACCAUUAGGUAAAUAGCGGUACCGACAGCUUCGGCUCUUCAGCAAACCAGACGUUCCAGCUGCAGAAGCCCCCUCCCGGAAAUAAACGGGGCAAAAAGUAGUAUAUGCUACGAUACUGCUCUAAUAUUUGACAUGCCAUUGUUGAUGUGCCUUUAAAUCCAGAGGAGAUUUACUCAAUAAAUAUGACACAAAUUUAUUUAUUGUUAA